AUGAGAUACUUACCAGCUGUUGUCUGCUUAGCCGGCCUUGCAACCGCAUUCCCCUUCAUAGCAAAGCAACCUGGCAUUCAAAACACUCACCUCCUCCUCCGACAGCAGAGCGGCAGCGGACCAGGAAGCGCCGCAACCUGCCCAUUCAACCCAAACCACCAAGACGCCAUCCCCGUCAGCGAUGAAUACCCCUACAACUCCGCCAUAAACGGCUCCGCAGGCAAAGGAAUAGGCGGAUACCUCGUCCCCGCCCCGGGCGACCCAGACCACCAAUUCAUCGCCCCCACCGACCAAGACAUCCGCGGUCCCUGUCCCGGCCUGAACGCCGCCGCAAACUACGGCUUCCUCUCCCGCGACGGCAUAACAACCUACAGCGAGCUCACGGACGCCGUCCAAAACGUGUACAACAUGGGCUACGACCUAGCUCAAUUCCUCGCGCUAAUCAGCAUCAUCGUGGCGGACGGCGACAUCAUCACCAAAAAAGUGUCCAUAGGCUGCGACGCCACGACGCGGACCGCGAGCCCGCUGUCCAUCAGUGGCAGCGAGCCGGGGCUCGAUGGGCAUAAUAAGUUCGAGGGCGACGUGUCGUUGACGCGGGACGACUUUUUCUUGGCGAAUGGGGAUGAUUUUGAUUUUAAUGGGACGCUGUUUGGGAUGAUGGCUGAGGUUACGGGGGGGACGUUUGAUUUGGAGGGGUUGGGGACGUAUCGGUAUCAGCGCUAUGUGCAGAGUCGGGAGGAGAAUCCUGAGAUGUUCUUUGGACCCCUCGGCCUCUUCCAAUAUGGUGCCGCUGCAUUCGUAUACGAACUCAUGCCCUCCGGCGCCGAUAAUUACGUCCCCACCCUCGAAAACACAGCUUCAUUUUUCGGCGCCGAACAACAGCCCAACGGAACCUGGACGCACGUCCCGGAACGCAUCCCCGCCAACUGGACGAACCGCAUCUCCCCCUUCACGCUCCUCGACGUCGUCGGCCAAAUCUCCGCCAUGUACGGCGCGCACCCGGUCGGCAUCGGCGGGAACGUCGACGGGGCGUUCGUGGGCCUGGAUUUCCCGCCGUAUAUCGAGGGCGGGAAUCUGACUGCUGCGACGCCGGCCGAUUAUGCGUGUUUCUUGUACCAGCUGAUUUCGGGGCCCAUACCGAGCAGUUUGAAUAGUGUAAUUACGCCGCUGGUCGAGGCGUUGGAGUUUGUGUUGGUGGAGGUCGGGGGAGAGACUUUUACGAAUUUGGGGUGUCCGGUUCCGUUGACUAGGUAGAUGGAGGAGAGGGGGUGGGAAUGAGUAGAUGUGAGUAUCGGUGGGGUUGGAUGGGUAUAAUAUUCCCUGAGCUCACUCAAUAGUUGAGAGGUGUUUAUAUACUCGACCUCUCGUGGGUAAAUUGCAUGAUCAUAUUGAACAUAGCAAAGGGGUGGCCUGAUAUUCGAGAAGUAGUGCAUUCGAAGCGCGAGCUGUAAAAGAAAAGGGAUUCUUUGUAAGAAAACGGAGUUUAGUAUGAAAUCAGAUGAAACUUGAAUCGAGACUUGUCUGCAUCUAUGCACUGGCGGGGCUCAGUCAUGAUACCUG